AUGUCAGGAAUAAUUCAGUUCAAGGAAGAAAUCGCUAAGCGUUUCAAGUCCCACAUUGAUCAGCUUGUGUUGAUAUUUGCUGGAAAAAUUUUAAAAGAUCAAGAUACUUUGGCUCAGCAUGGAAUUCACGAUGGACUCACUGUUCACCUGGUUAUCAAAACACAAAACAGAUCGCAAGACCACCCAGCUCAACAAGCAAACACCACUGGGAGUACUGCUACCACAUCAACAUCAAGCAGUAGUACCUCAACACCGUCUUCAACAAAUAGUAACCCUUUUGGCUUGGGUGGCCUUGGAGGUUUGGCAGGUCUGAGUAGCCUGGGCUUAAAUACCUCCAACUUUUCAGAGUUGCAAAGUCAGAUGCAACGGCAACUUAUGUCCAACCCAGAAAUGAUGGUUCAGAUAAUGGAAAAUCCAUUUGUUCAGAGCAUGCUUUCAAAUCCUGACCUGAUGAGGCAGUUAAUUAUGGCUAACCCUCAAAUGCAGCAACUGAUACAGAGAAAUCCAGAAAUCAGUCACAUGCUGAAUAAUCCAGAUAUAAUGAGACAGACACUAGAACUUGCUAGAAACCCUGCAAUGAUGCAGGAAAUGAUGCGAAAUCAAGACCGAGCCUUGAGCAACCUUGAAAGUAUACCAGGUGGAUACAAUGCCUUGCGACGUAUGUACACAGAUAUUCAGGAGCCAAUGUUGAAUGCAGCACAGGAACAGUUUGGAGGUAACCCAUUUGCUUCUUUAGUAAGCAAUGCAUCAACAGGAGGGGACAGUCAUCCAUCCCGUACAGAAAAUAGAGAUCCUCUACCAAAUCCCUGGGCUCUCCAGUCCAACUCGCAGAUUUCCACAACAAGUACCAGCACCAGUGGCGAGAGCGGUGGCAGUAGUAGCGAUGGAAAUAGCACCUCUGGCCGUACAGGACAGAGCUCAACUGCACCAAAUUUGGGACCUGGACUAGGAGGUGUGUUUGUUAUUGCACUUCUAUAUAUGUGA